AGGAGGAAUCCACCAGGAAGACGCGUGGCGCAGGAUGAGACCCAGGGCGAAGGACACGGGGCUGUUCUUUUAGCAUUUGUGCCAUGGUUCCAACUGGCUCUGCGUAGGAAGACGAAACACACAGACUCUGACCACCCACCUAGACAAUGAGGCAGCCUAAAGACAAGUCACAGCCCUGAUGAGAAGAAAACCCCCUUGAAGUGACAUUCAACAAGGGUGAAACUUAGAUUACAACACCUAGUUUUUAAGAGGCAGACACACCCUGGGGGCACGAACCAGGCAGGAGUGUGAGACCCGUGGCCCCGCUAGCUAGUAAACCAGAGAAAUUUGAGAUAAGCUUGACCAGGGAGUUACCAUCUCAGACCAGCACUACACCGGCAAAAGAAGAGAUGGCUGACGCCGGGACAACCCUCUACCAAGAACAAGUAACCUACACCGUCCAAAUCGCAGGCAAAGAAGACACCGACGAAGACCGGCAGAGCGACGAUGCAGAAAGUGCCAAAUUCAGCAAUGACAACGACGCUGGAUCUGAAGAUGAGACGCCUCAGCCCCAGCCGCCAGAGGGCUCUGAGAACGAGGACGCUGGGGCAGCCGUGCCGCAGCCUGUGGAGAAGGGCACCUCGCAGAGCAGGAAGCUGGGCAAAGCCAAGAUGAGCCAGGCCCAGCAGACCGACAGCUCCGUGAGUGUUUAUAAAAGAAAGGAGCUGAUGGACCAGGCUCAACAGACAGACGCUGCUGGGAGCGAGAAGACGAGCAGAACUAUUUUGGGGCAAAUAUCCUGGCAAAGUAUCCAGCAGUCCCUACGGCAACUGUCCCAGCACAGCCAGAAAUCGUCGCGAGGGUCGAGAGAGCAGGUUCCGGGGGGGAACGGAGCGUAUGCCGAGGAGGGAGUCAUCUGGAUCAGCCCAAGAACGAGCAGAGAAAUGACAAAUAAGAGUCAGCAGACGAGUCUCAUUUGGACUAGGAAAGCGCUCUCAGAGCUUCUCAAGGUCAGGGCCCAGAAAUCCCAGAGCAGCACUGCCUCGGCCAAAGGAGGGGAAAAUGAGGCCGAAGACAGAAUUUCUCUUGCGAGCGCUGAAUCAGGCGUACAAGUGGAGCAGCCAGUGGGGCAGGAGUCCCGGCGCAGCAGCCAGAAGCCAGUGAAGGUUUCAUCUUUUCUCGGGAGCCAGCACCCGUCCGUUGAAGAAUUCCAACGCAGCAGCCAGGAAGCAAUUGACCAUGUGCUUGAGGAAGCCCAACGCAGCAGAAGAUCCUCCAUUGUGGUGAUCGAGAAAGCCCAGCAGACGUACAGCAUCGUGUCUCUAGAUGGAGGGACCUGGAUCAACAGAAGAACAGGCAAAGUCAUGACGAGCAACGGCCAACAGACAAGUGACACGUGGAUUCAGAAAUUUACUGUCACCUCCCAACCGUCCUCAGUGCUGCAAUCCCGACGAAGCAGCGGUGCCUCUCGAGGAGGCAAGGUGGAACCCCAAGGGCCAAGUGUCCAGGGAAGCGAUGAAGCGGUCGCAGAUGUGGAACAGCUCCAAGGAGCUGAGUCCAGGCGUAGCAGCCGGCAGCAACUAGGCCGAGAGUCCCAGCACAGCACGGACAUUGAGCAAACAGCAGAAACAGAGGUGCAGAAGCCAGCUGGCCCUGAGAGCAUGGAGCCCCAGCAGAAACCCUCCAAGGUGAGGGUGGAGAAAGCUCAGCAGACGUACAGCAUCGUGUCUCUAGAGGGAGGGAGCUGGAUCAACAGAAGAACAGGCAAAGUCAUGACGAGCCACAGCCAACAGACAAGUGCCACGUGGAUUCAGAAAGUGACCGGCACUGCACAAAAGCCCCAGUCCCGGCGCAGCAGCGACGUGGCCAAAGGCGGGAUCACUCAGGCCCCAGAGGCACGCAGCCCCAAGAGUGAAGAAGCAGACGCAGACUUGCAGCAGCCCGUGGGGCAGGAAUCCUGGCACAGCGUUGAGGCCGAGAAAGCAAAAGACACGGAAGCCCAGCGGCUGGAGAGCGAGGAGAGCGAGGAGACCCUGCAGAGCAGAACGUCCUACGUGGACGUGACAGACGAAGCACAGCAGACAUACAGCAUCGUUUCUCUCGAGGAAGGGAUCUGGAUCAAUCGGAAAACGGGCAAAAUACUAACCACCCACAGCCAACAGACGAGUCACACUUCCAUUCGCACGCUCAGCGCCACAUCCCAGAAGACCCUGGAGCAAGUGUCCUGGCGCAGCAGUGGCUUUGGUGAGGAAGGCAUGUUAGAGACCCCGGAGCCAACGGGGGCGGAAGGCGACGGAACGGACAUGGACGUGCCCCAGCUCCUGGGCCAAGACUCCAGGCGCAGUAGCCAGCAGCGAAUGGAGCAGGAGUCCCGGCGCAGCAGUGGGGUGGCUAGCGCAGAGAGAAGAGAAAGCCAGGAGCCAGCUGGCCUUGUGAGUGAGCAAACUCUGCUGAGUCGCUCUUCGUCCACAGGGCUGCCCAAGGAAGCUCCGCCUAUUUACAGCGUCGUUUCUCAGGAGGAAGGGACUUGGCUCAACCAAAAAACAGGCGUGUUAGUGAAGAGCAAAAGCCAGCAAACUAACGAGAGCUGCAUUCAGAAACUGAAAGAAGAGCAAUGGCCCACAGACGAAGACCCCCAGUCCAGCAGUUACGCAGCCGGAGUCGAUCUCAUCGAAAUCCCCGAGCCGCCCUUCUGCGGGGCCGAUGAAAGAGAUGCCCUAGGGAAGCAGCCCGAACGGAAAGAAUCGCUGCUCGAUGAUGAGGCUGGAGAGAUGCCCGAAGCUACGGGGGCCACGUCUGCGGUGAGCGAUGGGCCAGACGCAGAACCGCAGCCGCCCGAGGAGGAGGAAUCCCCGUAGAGCGGGGCCGGUCCGUGAAGGGAGGAAUGAAACCGAAGAGCCAACGUGCCCUGUGAGUGAGGAAUCCAACAAUGAAGAACAGUAGCCCAAGGGGCAGAAGUAACGUCCUCUGGAACGCGGUAGGCCUAAUCCAUAGCAGCGUAGGCAGGAGAGAACAGGUGCACAACUUCCCCUCUUAGAACGCAGGGUGGAAAAGCCAAAAUAAAUCUGUUGAAACGG